AUCACCAUUAGAAGAGAACUCAAUCAUAUAUAACUUCUCUCUGAGGUUGAUCAGAUAUCAACAGCAUGGGUGCAGGUGGUCGGAUGUUGGAUUCAGCUGAGGGCAAAAAUAUCCUUGAACGUGUGCCAGUUGAUCCGCCCUUCACCUUAAGUGAUCUAAAGAAAGCAAUCCCAGCUCAUUGCUUUGAGCGAUCUCUCAUCCGUUCAUCUUACUAUGUUGUUCAUGAUCUCAUUGUUGCCUACGUCUUUUACUUCCUUGCCAACACAUAUAUUCCUCUUCUUCCGUUGACCCUAGGAUUUCCUUUAUACCUCUUGACUAAUAUUUCUGGCAAGAAAUAUGGAAGGUUUGCCAACCACUUUGAUCCAUUGAGUCCAAUUUUCACUGAACGUGAACGAAUUCAGGUUCUGCUAUCAGAUCUUGGUAUCCUUGCCGUUUUAUACGCAGUUAAGCUUCUUGUAGCUGCAAAAGGAGCUGCUUGGGUAAUUUGCAUGUAUGGAGUUCCUGUGGUAGGCGUACAUGUCUUCUUUGUUUUGAUCACUUAUCUGCAUCACACCCAUCUCUCUUUGCCUCAUUAUGAUUCAACUGAAUGGAACUGGAUCAGAGGAGCCUUAUCGACAAUCGACAGAGACUUCGGAUUCCUGAAUAGGGUUUUUCAUGAUGUUACACAUACUCACGUAUUGCAUCAUUUGAUCUCAUACAUUCCACAUUAUCACGCAAAGGAGGCUAGGGAUGCAAUCAAGCCAGUUCUGGGUGAGUAUUAUAAGAUCGAUAGGACCCCAAUUUUCAAAGCAAUGUGGAGGGAGGCCAAGGAAUGCAUCUUCAUUGAGCCAGAUGAAGAUAGCCAGCAUAAAGGUGUAUACUGGUACCAUAAGUUGUGAUGGAUGGCAGAAGACAAGUGUAUGGUUAAUUUGCUUAUAUGUAUAAUUUAUAAUAAAAUAUCAUCAUGAGCCAUAGCUUUUGGGUUGUACUUGAUUGAACCAUGCACAUUGUAUAUGUGAAUUGGUUUCUUUCUUAAUAUCAUCUACGUAUUAUCAUCAUGUCUGAUUUUCACAUACAAAGAAUGAUAUGAAACCACGAAGACAAUUGUAAACAUCCCUUACUUAAACUAGAUUUAUAUCA